AUGAAAAAGAUUAAUGAUAAUAAGAGUUCUGGCGGAAGAGUUGAAUUAGAAGUGAAUGAUGUUAAUGAGAAAUUAGCCGAAAAAGCAGAUAAAAACCACGUUCAUUAUAUAACUUCAGACGAACAGAUUAUAACGGACUACCAUGGAUAUUUAACACGAAGUGAUGAAGCGAAGACAAAAAAUGUUAAUGAAAGAAGAUAUAAAUACAUUCGUGCUAAAGGUUAUGACAUAAGCUGUACUGUACAGUAUGACACAGGUAAAGCACCAGAAGCAUUUAGUUAUAACGAUGAAAUUUAUGCCUCUACUUUCUCUGUUAAUGGUGUAUUAGUUGAACCAAGAUUUAUGUUAAGAGUUAAGGCAAAAAUAACGUUUGAAGAUGCUAUUAAAAGUAAAGCUGACAAAGUUGAACUUGACGCAACGAACAAAGUUUUGAAAUCUCAUAAACACAACAUCUCCGAUAUAAAUGAACUUCAAACUUCUUUAGACAGUAAAGCUGACAAGAACCAUACACAUAAAUCCUUCACUACUGUUAGAGCAGACGACAUAAUAUUGAACUUUGACCUUGGUUCAAGUGCACCAUUAGAAAAUCCAAGUACAAGCGUAAAAGAUACUCUUAACAGUUUAGAUAACAGUUGCAGGAACAUUGAAAGUCAUGCCAGAAACUUUGAAGCACAUGAACUACCAGCAAUGUUAGAUAAGAAAGCAGACAAGAACCAUACACAUAAAUCCUUCACAACUGUUGCUAUAGAAAGUAUUGAAGGAACGGUUGAAGAAACUGGUGGGGAGGGCGGAGCCCCGCCGCACGCGGCUGCAUUAUAUUGUAAACCUCCUAACUUUCCACAAGGUUUAACAUCGGAUGACGACAUAACGACGAUGAGAAACAUUAGAUGUAAAGAUGUUUAUGUCAUGAAGGAUGAACAUAAUAUUAAAUUCACUGCUCAAGAUUUAUAUGACAAGAAAGCAGACAAGAACCAUACACAUAAAUCCUUCACUACUGUUAGAGCAGACGACAUAAUAUUGAACUUUGACCUUGGUUCAAGUGCACCUUUAGAGAAUCCGAGUACAAGCGUAAAAGAUACUCUUAACAAUUUAGAUAAGAGUUGCAGGAAUACCGAAGAUCAUGCCAGAAACUUUGAAGCAUAUGAACUACCAGCAAUGUUAGACAAGAAAGCAGAUAAAACUUAU